CGGUCAUAAGUUCGGCGAAUUCCGACCACAGUCAGAGCACAAAUGCCUCAAACACUCUUCAUGCUAUUUUGUUUUCUACUCUCAGUCGAGGCUUUUGUCAUUUGCAUUGGAAAUGCAUUUGCUAUUUUUGUGUUUUGGCAGAAGAGGCUUACUUUGCGACAAACCUCGUAUCUGUUAAUCAACCUCGCAGUUUCUGAUCUUCUGGUAGGCGUAUGGGAAUUAAUAUCACUCGCUUCUGGACAGGUUCCAAACCUUUUCAGCGUGUCUUUUCACAAAGAUACCCUGAUUCCUCUGGUAAACUUCAUCACGACGUCUUUAACAAUUUUUUUCUCUUCUUCAUCAAGUUGUUGCCUCGCUCUUAUAUCAAUUGAACGAGCUUUCUCCGUUCUGAGGCCAAUUCGCCACCGAACAGUGAGCCUAAGAGUUUAUUUUGGCGCCAUUACCUUCGCCUGGACCGCUGGGAUGGGCACAUCAUUGAUCUUUUUGAUACCAGUUUUCUCUGCGUCCGAUAAAAUGCCCUCAACCAUGGCUGUAAAUGUAGUUUAUCUUCUCUCUAUAAGUCUUGUUUGUACAGGCUACCUGACUAUAUGCAAGUACUUGAAACGCACGCAUCCGUACUCUUGCAAUCAAAACAGGAGUUAUUUGGAAAGAAACAAGAAACUUUCCCAAACGUUGUUACUCGUCAUAGGAUUGUCGCUUGUCUGUUGGCUGCCAGGUCUAAUUUUGUACACACUGGGUGAUUUUUGUCCUGUUUGUAUCUCGGCACCAGUGAUGCUGACAGGGAGAGUUCUACAUCUCGCUAACUCAGCAGUGAAUCCAGUUACAUAUAGUUUCAGAAUGCCCAUAUUCAGGGAAUCUUUGAGGAGACUAUUUAGAGUACAAGAACACAGAGGAAAUGGAUAA